AUGGAAGUGGCGCCGUCGACUAUAUCGCCGGACGAAGCCGUGCGCACGUCCGCCAAAAGGACCGCUGAACUUUUCGGCGCCGACUACCUUAUGGUCACCCCCUCGACAGGGAAUGGGUCGAUCGGUGUUUCUUACCGACGCAAAGUGGAAUAUGAAGAUGUGAAAGAGCUUCCUCCCGUCUUAGCAGAGAAGCAGGCCAAAGCCGCCGCGGGGCGCACAAAGCGACUGAAGACUCAAACGCAGACGCAAGCGCCCGUGGAUCAGAGUGGCGCCUCCAUGUCCCUGGUAAAGAAGGCUCCGGGUCUCCAGGCUGGUGGUGGAAUUGGAGGAGAAAACGAACCUAAGAGUCUGGUCCAACGACCCUCGGCGACACGACAACAGAGACCAGAUUGGCACCCUCCAUGGAAGCUGAUGAGAGUAAUAUCUGGACACUUGGGAUGGGUACGAAGUUUGGCCGUGGAGCCCAAUAACGAGUGGUUUGCUAGUGGUGCUGGAGACCGCACGAUUAAAAUCUGGAACCUUGCGACGGGUCAGUUACGCUUGACGCUUACGGGUCAUAUCUCGACGGUGCGUGGACUGGCGGUGUCUCCUCGUCACCCGUACCUUUUUUCUUGCGGUGAGGAUAAGAUGGUGAAGUGCUGGGAUUUGGAAACAAACAAGGUCAUCCGUCACUACCAUGGUCAUCUCAGUGGGGUGUACACGCUUGCCCUCCACCCCCAUCUUGAUCUACUAGUCACGGGUGGUCGCGACGGUGUCGCUCGAGUCUGGGAUAUGCGAACGAGAAGCAACGUGCAUGUUCUGUCGGGCCACAAAGGAACCGUCGCCGAUGUUAAAUGCCAGGAAGCUGAUCCACAGAUCAUCACUGGCUCGUUGGACGCCACCGUCCGACUCUGGGACCUCGCGGCUGGAAAAUCAAUGGGCGUCCUGACGCACCACAAGAAGGGAGUCCGGAGUCUGGCCAUCCAUCCGCGGGAAUUCACAUUCGCCAGCGCCAGCACCGGUAGCGUCAAGCAAUGGAAGUGUCCCGAGGGUGAUUUCAUGCAGAACUUCGACGGCCAUAACGCCGUCAUCAACUCCAUCGCUGUGAACGAAGACAACGUCCUCUUCUCCGGCGGUGAUAAUGGUUCCAUGUCAUUUUGGGACUGGAAAACCGGUUACCGAUUCCAAUCUAUCGAUACCACUGCCCAGCCGGGCUCCCUCGAUGCCGAAAUGGGUAUUAUGACCUCGACUUUCGAUCGUACCGGUCUGCGUCUGAUCACUGGUGAAGCCGACAAGACUAUCAAGGUCUGGAAACCCGACGACGAGGCCACCCCGGAAUCUCACCCCGUCACCUGGGCGCCGACUCUCGGUCGUCAGAGAUACUAG